AUGCGCGUGACAACCCUAGCCACUCUUCUGGUGCUGCAGUGUAGUGUGCUGUGCCUAGCUAUCCGAGUGCCUGUCGCGUGGAACAAUGGUGAAGUGCCUAAGGACAAUGCAGGUGCUAACAACGAGGUUUCCGUAGAGACCUUCACACCCGAGGAUGCUCAAAAACCAGUGCCGGAUGAAUAUUUUCAGUACACUGCAAAGAAACCACAAUUUGCGGUUGAAAUAGCGGCUGCUCAUGGAGUUCAGUCGCCUGAAAACCAUUACAAAGCUUACCCAAUCAGACCACAUACAGGCGUAGAGAAACCUAAAUUGGGAGCCCAUCACAUUCUUCAAGAAGACAAACAAGUUUUUCAGCCAUUGCAAGCGUAUGUAAAAAAUGAACGCCAUGCUACGCCUGUAUCAAGCAACUACGAAGUGUUUCAUCCAUACAAGGCUGAAGAACCAGCGCUUCAAGCGAUCUAUAAAGAUCCUGUACUGACCAAGAUCAGAAGUGACUUGGAAAACAGUAAGAACAGGCUGCAGAACUAUGAACAGGAAGCCGGGAAGCCAGAUAUUACUAAAGAUGAAUAUCGGGAACGUCCCGAGCAAACAGACAAAAAACUUUUCUCGCACAAAAAUAUCCCAGCGGAAUUUGAAAUACACAGACCACAGCGCAAACCUGUGUACUAUCGGCCAGUGGUUAAAUACAAUCAAAGGGAUCAGGUACUCAAUCAAAGAUUCAAACAUCCUUGGCACCAAAAUUAUGUGAAAAUAAGGCCAGUGCAUUAUCGUCCUUUGAAAAAUCAUAUACACAAUUUACGUCAAAAUCACGCUGCAAAAUAUGACGAUGAAAGAAAUGAAUAUCCUCAGAUUCAAGUUUCCCAGAAAAAUGUUGACCCAGAUGACGGUUAUGAUAUUUACGAGGCAGGUAAGCAAAAAUAUGUCCAAUUAAGAAAUAAUUUAGAUGAAUCUAUCAAUAAGGCAGUACUAGAAAAUCGACCCAUAGUGCAACAAAAACUAGAGUUGCAAAACGACGACACCAAAGAGGAUGAUGACGACGAAGAAAAUGAAGAUGAGUUUAUUCCUAUAAAAAAUUACGCUCAAGUGAGAAAAACGGAAACCGUAAAACAUUUGCCAAGGGCAGCUGCAUUUAAAGAUGCUGAUACAUAUGAAGAAAUCCAAAACGCCCCGCGUUUAAGGGAGGCUGUGAAGAGUACUAAAGCUCAGACAGUUUAUACAGAGGAAGGUUAUGAGGAUUCUGCGUACGAUCAUGCUGGUGAACAAAAGCACGCUUCUGAUCACGAAGGACAUAGUGGUUAUCUAAAGCAAAAAGAAAUAAGUGGAGGCAAAUAUAAAAUUCCAUCACUAAGCGCAGGCUUUACUGAUGCUGGUGGGUCUGAAUACAAAGAUCAAGUGCAACACGGCAAAAAAUGGAAGGAAAAUAACAAAGAUAAUCAAGAAGAAAUGGAGUCAGAAGACUAUUCAGAAGAUGAACACGAGCAGACUAUAACAGCAGAUACCUAUAACGAUGAAAAUAAAGAGGUCAAUAGAAAUAAACGAGAAAAUGAUAUUAAAAAUGAUACUCAAUUAAAUGUAGAGAAAAAUUUUAAGAACAAAAAUCCCAAUUUUAAAGUUCCAGAAAUUAAUUUAAAUUCCACAUUCCUUACUGAGGAUGAAAUUUUGUCUAUAGCUCAAGAAAAGAAAAUAGAACCAAAAAAAGAUAAUCUGAAAGAAAAGUAUCCAUAUUAUUUUAAAAACAUAAAAUUUAUAAAUAAACAUUCACCGCUUCGAUACGCAGAAAAUUUUAAACUAAUUCCUAAGAAAUCAAAAGGUGGAACAGAAUUUUAUGAUUCAAGAGAUAUGGUAGAAUGUCCUGAAGUUGGUGAAGUCAACCCACUUCCCGAAAAACUAAAGAACGGAGAAAAUCCAACUAAAGACGACGACGAUGAUGAUGAGGAAACGCAGAGUAAGGGAGAAGAAAGUUUUGAUAACGCGAAAAAACAGCCACGCUUAAGGGGACUUGGUGAUAAAAUAGAUUGUUUUAAAGCUAAAUAUUUUGGUGAAAAUCCGUUAGACAAUCCAUUUUUCAAAGAGGAAAUAAUAGCCAAUCCAGAACCCGUGACUUUACCAUCCUCACAAAUAUAUAAACUACAAGAUACAAUAGAGCAAAAUGCACAAGAAUCUCAAUCCAGUAAAGUUAUUGAGGUGGGCGAUAAUUUAAGCAAUCAGAGCGAAACUAAUAUAUUCAUUCUUUUAGAUAAACUAAGAACAGAUAACAAUAAUUUACACGACGCAGAUCUUAAAGCAAAUGAAGAACUUAAAUUAUCCUUAAAACCAGAGCAAAAUUAUAGUUUAAAUGCGACUACGGAAUCAGUGCUUGAAUCCAAUAUCUAUGAUGAUGUUCUGGAUAAUAUAAAAAAAUCAAAAGAACUUCAUUUUGACCAGGAAAACAAAAAGCUUCCUGAAAUUACAGCAACAAUCCAAAAUCAUACAGCUAAUAGUAAUGUUACCUAUAACUUCUUUCAAGACAAAAAAGAUAUCAUGAAAUCAUCAAGGAAAAAACGAGCAACGCCAUUUAUUUAUGAACCAUAUAAAAUUAUAAGGGAAACUCAAAACGAAGCGUCUAAAAAAACGAAUACUCUAAGUAACAUCAGUCCUCUCAUUAAACAAAUGCAAACAAGAAAAGUUGUAGACCGAGUUACCAGAGCAAAUCAAGAACCAAGUACACGACAGUCAAAUGGCCGUACAUAUAAGGAUAUUGGUAGAAAUGAUAGAUCUAAAGGAACUGAAAAAGUGAACGAAGAUAAUAGUGACAUUAGUUUUGUAGAUGUUAACGCAGAUAAGCGCCAAGCCGAACCUUUAUAUGAAGUAAAGCCUGCAAACCAUAAAUCAGAGUACACUCCUGUCGAAAAUAAAAGGGCAAUGACCGUAGAAGAUUAUAAGUCGCAAACGAACAACAAUAAAAAUGAACAAAAUAUUUCUCGAGCUCCCAUUCAUAUACGAAGAAAUUCUAGACAGAGGAGGCCAGUAUUGGAUGUAUCUAGAUAUUUGCCCAUUCCAACUGACGUCCAAAAUGUAGCUGAAUCAAACGCUGUUAAAAAAUCUGUCACCACUACUACUGAAGCCUCGGUGCUACAAAUAACUACACAACCAACCCAGAAAGCAGAAGAUUCUAGCGAGGAAGUCAGCAGUGAAGAGGAAUACGAGGAAUAUGAGGACGAAGAGGAAGAUACUCCUUCGACAAGCUCUUCAACAACAACCACGACAACAACAACAACAACCCAUCGACCACCGCCGAGGAGGAGACGACCAACUACUACCACCACAACAUCAACAACAACAACAACAACGCAAAAACCUAUACAAGAGAAAAUUGAAAAUUUCGAACCACCUAAGUUGCGUUUAAUUACAAGAUUCAGGAACUAUAAUCAAGAGCAAAGAGCAGAGCAACUAACUGCCACUGAAAGACCUGUAAGAGAAAAAUCACAUACAGUAAUCGAAGAUGAUUCAGUUUCAGUUCCAAAAUAUAGAGAAAAAAAGAAGAAAAGUUCUAAAAGUACCAUAGUAACAGAUACAAAGAAAUAUGGAGAUGAUUUUGAUGAUAUGAAAAAAGAAGAAGUAGAUGCUUUAAUUGGGGUCAAACAUAACAUGGAUGAAUAUAAACCCGAAUACGAGAAGGAAGAAGAGGAAAGAGAGAAAAACAAAAGCGGCUCGAGUGAGGAGAGUGAUGAAGACUUUAUCAGCAGCGAAGAAAUUGACGAUGACGAAGACGACGAAGAUGAAGAUGAAGAUGAAGAAGAAGAUGGUGAAGACGAAGAGAAAAAUCAAGAAUUAAAACCAAAAGUUACAACACCUGAACCCACGAAACGGACACUUAUACGAACGACGGAUGCACCAAAACCAACUAUAGCAUCACGAACGACUAAACCACAAGAAGUCAAACCAAUAGUUUCUAGAAAAAAAGUAGAAAUACAUAAAGAAUUGCCAAUUAAUAGAGCAUCUCCACAUAUAUCACAAUUUAAACAAGAUAUAAAGGAAGAGGAAGUCAUAAAAGAAAUGCCACCAUCGCCUAGAAGAAAUCCACAUAAAAGUAUUGAAGUAUUAGAUUUAUAUAAAGAUGAUAGCCUCGCUAAAGAAAUCAAUAAACUGGAUGACGUCGAAGUAUUUAAAGAAGAUUUAGAUCUAAAGAAUGGGCCCCGGCAUGGAGGUAAUUACAGAAGUGCUGAAGAACCAACAUCAACUACACCACGUACAAGUAGAAGAAAAGUGCCAAAAGACGCAGAAGCAUCACAAAGUGAAAACACUAAACACGUAGAGUUAGACACCCACCCUCCUAGAAGGUUGCACGGUGGGAAUUUGAAAUCAGUAAGCGACAUACCUAGGUCGAGAAAUAAAGGACGUAAUGCCAAACUUAUAGAACUAAGUGACGCUACAGACCCACCGCCAAGACCUAUGCAUGGCGGGAACCUGCGUUACGACAACAAACCAAAACGGGGUCGAGGGAGAAGUGAAAAACUGAUUGAACUUGACGAAGAACACCACGACGAUAGUACAUCACGUGAGAGAAACAACAGAAACUACGGCCAUUCGAGAACUGGUCACGCGAUGCACGGAGGUAACUACAGAAGCGAGAAAUUAGUUGAUAAAAGCGCUGAUAGCGAAUUCGACAUAAGAGCAAGAAAAGACAAAGAUGUACGUAGAAAUGCGGCGUUAUUAUUAAAUAGUUUUGCUCAAGCAGUUCCCUUACUGACCACAACGCCUGCGUACAUCCUUGAUCCUAGCAAACGCAUGUAUUACUACGUAGAAACUUAA